GCGCGCCGGCGGCUUUGAGCGCCUAUGCUCAAAGCCGCCUAUAAAAAGACCGCGUAUGUGGAGGCGCCACUGUACAUGUAAUUUAUCAUUUGUGCUAAUGAUGCUAAUUAUGUUUCUUGUUCCGUUUCCUCUUCCUAUCAGGAAAUACCUCCGUGACGCCGACCGCCAAGUCCUGGCGCAGCAGGCCUUCGUCCUUACGGUUUUGGCGCUCGAAGAGACGCUGAAUGACAUUACGGAGGCCUCUGAUGACCAGGACCCCAAGUGCGGACCUCCGGACGCCAAGAUGGCCACCGACGUCAAGUCCAGCGCCGACGAGGGUCAAGAACCGCUAAAGAUGGCGGCCACGUCCGAGGCAUCCACCACCGGUCACUCCCCAGACACUUCCCCAAAACAGGACGUGACGACGGCCGCCCCUCGGUCCGAACCAAUGGACUUUGAGGAGUAUCCGGUGGACCGCGACAAAAUGGACGCUGCGCCGCACAAAACCGCUGCCGUCCGAGGGCCGAAGGAAAAGACCCCUGAGAUCCGGACGCCGGAGCUUUCUCUUGAAGAGCUGACCAUCAGUUCUAGGCAACCUGCACUGACGGACGAUGCUAAAGCCGCUGCGAUCACGAAGCCAUCGCGGAAACGCAAACUGACGCAAGACGCUGAGUCUGGGAAGACGCUGCUGCUGGAUGCCUACCGCGUUUGGCAACACGGCCAGAAGGUCAUGACCUACGACCUCGGGAAGGUCGAGAAGAUCAUGUCCGAGACGUUCAUGCUCAUCAAACAUGUUGACGAAGACGCCGCUCUGGAGCAGGCGGUCAAGUUCUGCCAGGUUCACGUCGGCGCUGCGGCACAAAAGCAGACCGCCAUAGAGACACCAACAACCCCAAAACACCUGAGGGACCCCAAGGACACCAUGUUCGCCGCCAUCCCAGCGUCCGCCGCCACAACGCCCCUGUCCUUGACCCCUCCGGCCGCCUGGUCCAGUGCUGUCGCCAUGACUGCCGACAUCGACUCCCUCCCAAGACCCUCCAAGGAGGCCAAGAUGGUUUCCGCUGGACCGCCGCUGCUCCUCCUCCUGCCGCCACGAUGCAAAGUCGGGACCCCGGAUGCCGCAGACGUGGUGCCCCCUGCCGUUGCUGUCGCCACCAUCGCCACCCUUGACCCUCGCAGGGCGGCGGCGUUUGCAGCGCGCGUUUUUCUUGCGCGGAGGAUGCUGAAAGAGGAGGAAGAGGAGGAGGAAGAGGAGGAGGAGGAGGAGGAAGAGGAAGAGGAGGCGCUCUGCAUUCGGCAUCAAGACGCCCGCGUCUCCCAGACCGCCAAAACCGGCGCCGCGAUGUCCGCCGGACAGUGGCAAGUGGACUUGGAGGGUCAAGCGGCGGUCCAAGGUGAAAUGGAUGCUGCGGAGGGCGAUGGCGGUGGCAUCCAGCGUUUGAAGCCGCGACUGUCGCUGGGCGGCGUCCCGAAGCUCUUCAUCCCGUCAUCAGCGACGAAAUUCCCACCAGAGAUCACCGUCACACCACCGACGCCGACGCUCCUCUCCCCGAAAGGGAGCAUCUCCGAAGAGACGAAACAGAAGCUGAAGUCGGCCAUCUUGUCGGCGCAGUCUGCUGCGAACGUCAAGAAGGAGACUUUGUGCCAGCCGGCGCUCGAGAUUUUAGAGACAUCCAGCCAGGAGUCGUCUCUGGAGAGUGAGACGGACGAGGAGGACGACUACAUGGACGUCUGACGCCGGACGUGAAGAACAGCGUGGAAAAUGCGGUGCCAUUUUUCGCCUAUCAAUACGGACACAUACGCGGAAAACAGCGCCACAGAGACCGCUAGUGUUGCGAGAUGGCGGGAUAGCUUUGAUUCUUCGCGGCGGAAUUAUUUCUCGGUUGACAGUUUUGUGUCUGCGCAGAAACGGCGACGGUUCAGCCAUCUUGGGACUCGCUUUCAGAAGGACAUCGUUAAUCGUUUGAUCCUCAUGGCGACAAAACAGUUCCGUUUUUUAACGCCCCCACCGUCUUGCGCCAAGACCCGCCAACACAGCGCACGCAAAAUUACGUAAACGCACACACUGUGCAUGAAAAUUAAUACGUUGCUUGUUUUUGUUAAUUAAACUGAAUUGCAAAAAGGCUUCGUCAUGUAAAUAAUAAUACUUCGCUUUUUUCUAAUAAAGCUAAAACUUA